AUGUUUCCCGAUGUGGGAAAGAAGCCUCAGGACUCGUGCAUGGCUGUCACUAGCUGCCUGCAAAAGCGAGCUCAGAAGCUACAGCCUGUGAUGGACAAGCUGGACACCCUUGCCAGUGCCGACAUCACGACCUCGCUAGGGAAGUACAAAGAGUCCCUCAAGAUCGUGCUGGCAAAGCUCUCCGAGCUGGAGGAUACCCUGACCACCAUCUACAGCAAUGGGGUUGCUGUUGGAUUCUCCAAAGAGGACCAGAAGAAGCUCCGGGCGCUUUUCCAGACCGCCAAGACCAGGGCCGUCGAGGCCGAGAUGAUCUUUGAACGUUCCUCGGACGAAGACACCUUCGGCCGAGCAGCUCAGUAUGCUGAGAUGCUCGGGGAAGGAGUCGGGGUCCUCGGAAGUGGCGAGGCCAGUGCCAAGGACACCAAACGGUGCAUCCGACAGAUGCAGCAUCCGAAUGAGCCGGAGCAGAAAAGGCAGACUCACAGCAGCCAUCCGGUGUUCGAUCGAGGGCUGGACCUCGGGACCACGAUUCCGUUGGCUUUUUAUUCCGAUGAAGGCAAGGGCCCGAAGCGAGGCAACUUCGUGGUGGUUGCCAUAGAGUCGCCGAUAGGUUUGGAGGAUGUGGCUGCUGAUUUUACUUGCACUUGUGAAGAUGAUGUGAAGAAGGCAUCGCAGCAGUUUGUUCCGGGCCAGCAAGCAGCCGGCCCGUACACGCCGAUGGAAGAGGCCGCCCUUCAGCAAAACCACACAUGCAAGGGCCACUCCUACCUCACCAGACAUGUGCUGUUUGGGCUUCCAGAUUGGAUUUACAAACACCACCCAGAAGUCUUGGAAAAGAUGACCCAGCAGGUUGCUGACGAGCUCUCGAUGCUUUUUACAUCAGGCCUGGAGGUCGCUGGCAAGCUUUACACGGCUUGCCUUGUUGGUAUCAAAGGCGAUCUGAAACAGAUCGCCGAGAAAAUUGCUUAUCUAAAUCGAUACUAUGCCCGUUUGGGCCCCGUGAGCUACAACGGUGUCUGUGCACAUUGUAUGGCGGGCACGAGCCCAAGUCUUCCUUUUGAUGAGAUUUCGCAUGAGCCAUCCUGGGCUUCGACACUCCAUCAGCAGCGACCUUGGGCCUCAACACCUGCUUUGUGCACCGUCCCACACGACAACGAUGCACCGGAAAGAGUUCUGAAGUAUGACAUGUUUCAUCUUUUCAAAGUUGGCCUCGGACGAGAUAUUUGUGGCUCCCUGGUUCUUUUGGCUCGCCUUGGCUAUUAUGAUGAUCCCAAUGGCGGAGAUGAUUUGAAUAUCCGGGCGAGGCUCAAUCGGUGUUUCCAGCAUUUCAAGCUGUGGCGAAUGGCAGCUGGGAAAACAGCAGCAGUGCGGUAUUUCUCCGCAUCGCUCUUCAAUUUGAAGAGACUUUCUGACUUUGCAUGGUCCAACACGAAAGGGUCGGACACCAUGCUCCUGUUGGAAUACCUCAGCUUCUACCUGACGAUCUUGCUGAGGAGACCCAAUUUGCCUGCCACACAUGUUGUUUUGUUUCGUGUGCUGAAGAAGACGAUCGGGGAGUCCCAGAAGGCCUUCAAUCUCAUGUACAAACAUGGGCUUUGGCUCCGGAGAGCAUGUGCACAGAACCUGUACUUGCGACUGAUGUCGGUGCUUUCGGGAUACCAGUAUCUCGCUCAGCAUGCCUUGACGAUGGGCAUGACUUUCUAUGCACUGAAACCCAAGUUCCAUGCCAUCCAUCAUGUGGCAUAUGAGCUCCGGGUAGCAGUGCUUACCGAUGCAAAGCUGAUCCCCAACCCUAUCACUUGGAACUGUGAAAUGGGAGAAGACCUGAUCGGUCGAGUCUGUGCUCUGUCGUUGAAGGUUUCGGUCACGACGAUCAGCAAAAGGGUGCUGCAGCGGCAUUUCUUGAAAAAAGCUGCUUUGAUCCGGAGGCAUCGAAAGAAUCGAUCGAUGCGAAAGCUGCGGCUCUGA